CUUUUGAAAAAUGCUGAAGAUAAACCUCUCCAAAAUCCCAAAUGACGAAACCCUAAUCCGAUCUCGCCAUGGCCGCGGAGGUAGACCACUCGGUUGUUCUUCCUCUUCAUUAAUCGAUACCUGGUGCAAUCAUCGGUAAGUUUCCUCGUCUUUGUAUUUCCCAGAUUUUGAAUCCGUCUGCUUCGAAAUUCCGCCGCUGAAAUCGGUCGAGCUCGGCGAUAUGGCAAGGCCGGUAGCAUUUCCUUUAGGUUUUCGAAUUUCUUCGCGGCCCAUAAAAAUGGCGAGGCAAUUUCAUCAUGCUUCAAAGCCGCUGGAUACGACUGUUGUUGGCCGCCAUUUGAUUUUCGGAUCCUGGAGAAGAAUUAGCGAGCAAUUUCAAAAUUCAAUUGGUGCGAGAAGUUGCUUCACGAACUGUUCGUUGAUUACUGCAAGGAGCUUCAGCUCUUCGAAUUCAGAUAGAGCAGAUGGUAAAAGCGGGAAGAAAAUCCUUCCAUGGCUGAAAAAUUCUGCAGAAAGGGGAAGAAAAAGAUUAGGAAGGAACGAGACAACCAAAACCACCGGAAAAUCUUCAUGGGAAGAAUCCGCCGAGAAAUUCCUCAACGGCGGCCGGAGAUACGAAAGCAGGGGAAAUGAGCUAACCAAAAACGAUAACCAUGGCGUCGAAAACGACGACGACGGGGAUACCGAAAUCGUCGAUGAUCCAAGAUGGCAUUCGAUCCGUAAUCGAAUCAACAGCUUUGCCGAGACAAAAUCCGGCGGAUACGAGAGGCCGGAGGUGCGGCAAUGGAAUAACCACGAGAAUUGGGGUCGAAAGACGUGGAAAGAAGCUAAAGAAUCGACAAUGCCGAAAAUGGUGGGAGAAGGAGUUUACGGCGUCGGGCCUGUCUUGGCGGCGCUCACGGCUGGCCGGAGAGAAUUCUACGCAAUGUACGUCCAAGAAGGGUUAGAUCUAAGCGCGAACAAUCGGAAAAAAAAGGAUAAAAAAGGUUUCGAUCGAAUCUUGAAAAUGGCGGAAAGGCUCGAAGUGAACGUAAAGGAAAUAUCGAAGCACGAUCUAAACAUGGUCGUCGAUAACCGGCCGCACCAAGGCGUAGUUCUCGAUGCGUCGCCGUUGGAAAUGGUCGGGAUAAAGGAGUUGGAGCCGGCUGGGGAAUUUGAGUCGGGAUCGGUAUGGUUGGCGCUUGACGAGGUUACCGAUCCGCAAAACUUGGGGGCGAUUAUCCGAUCGGCCUACUUUUUCGGGGCGUCGGGAGUGGUGUUGUGCGCGAAGAAUUCCGCGCCGUUGAGUGGCGUCGUUAGCAAGGCGAGCGCGGGAUCGCUCGAGGUGACGGAGGUUCGAUCGUGCCGGAAUAUGAUGCAAUUUUUGACGGCGUCAGCGGGGAACGGGUGGCGGGUUCUCGGCGGGUCGGUGUCGUCGAGAGCCGUGGCGGUGAAUGAGGUUGUCGCCGGUGGUGCUCCGACGAUUCUCGUACUGGGCAGCGAGGGUACGGGGCUGAGGCCGUUGGUCGAGAGGGCUUGCACGCAGCUCGUUAGGAUUCCGGGGAAUAUUCCAGCAGAUGCCGUCGAUGACGGCGGCGGCGGGGAGGUGGCGGGGCAAGAGUUCCGGUCGUUUCUUGCGGUGGAGAGCUUGAAUGUGAGCGUGGCGGCUGGUGUUUUGCUUAGUCAUUUGGUUUGGACGAAACUUGGGAUUGAAGAGGUUGAGAAUUGAACUACUCAGAUUUUGUAGGUCAGCCUCCAUUAUAAAAGAGGAGACCGAAAUAACAACCAAAAACUCCGGUGCCGUUCAACAGCACCUCGGCAACACCUUUUUUCUACCCAAAGAAGAAAACGGAAUGAAACAAAACAAUUGAACCGUAGAAAUCCUCACACACACUCCCCAGAGCACACUGCAGGAAGAACUUCUCAAUUUCACGGUGAAAUAUUACCGAAACCAUAGGAGAAGAACAGAUCAAAGAUAUUGCAAGUAAGACGGAGCGAAAGGAAAGAACGAAGAACAUAGUAUUGUGGCGAAGAACAUCAAUAUAUAUUAACCAAUUAAUGGUCCAUAUCGAAGCCCUAGAAUGGAUGACUGAGAUUUGAUUUUGGAAGACCAGACCACGGGUCGGGUCAACGCCAUGUUUGGGUCGGAUCGCUACUCACAGAAACAACAGUAAUAUGGACAGGUCAAACGGUCGGAUCUAGGUUAAAUUCAACAAAAUCUUAAUCAAAUAUUUAAAUAAUAUCAUAAAAAUUAUAUUUUUAAAAAAUCAAAUCUAAUCGAAUAUUUUGAAUUUUGAAUCGAACACAAAUAUUAUUUUAAAAUUUGAAAU